GCAUGCUGUUGCUUGUCUAGAGUUUAAUGGUCAAUGGAGUGAGUGAAAGGUAAGAAAGAAUCUGAUAUGGAAGAAAGCAUCACAUUGACAAGAGAGCCUUUUCUUGCCAAAGAACAGCAAACUUCAUCUUCUCUGAUCAAGCAUUUGUAUAUUGGUCACUUCUUAGCUAGAUGGGAUGCCAGGAUGUGGGAAUUCUCUGUUGGUUUAUAUAUGGUCAACAUAUGGCCAGACUCUUUGUUGUAUGCUGCAAUAUAUGGUGCCAUUGAGUCUGCCUCCAUUGCACUGUUUGGCCCCAUAAUUGGAAGAUGGGUUGAUAAGUUGUCUUAUGUGAAGGUUUUGCAGUUGUGGUUGGUGACACAAAAUCUCUCUUUUGUUAUUGCCGGGGCAACUGUAGUUGUUUUACUCGUCAACUCACCUUUGAAGUUUACAAAUUUUUCAGUUUUCACAUUACUGUUAUGGACCAUCAAUAUCUGUGGUGGCAUUGGUGUGCUUUCUACCCUUGCCGGCACAAUCUUGAUUGAAAGAGAAUGGUUGUUAGUUAUAGCGGAAGGUCAACCCCCAGAAUUGCUGACAAAGAUGAAUUCAGUUAUGAGACGCAUUGAUCUAACCUGCAAACUUCUUGCUCCAGUUAUUACUGGGUUUAUUAUAAGCUUCGUUUCACUAAAAGCAUCUGCUAUAACUUUAGCACUGUGGAAUACUGUGUCCGUUUGGGUGGAGUAUUGGCUUUUCACAUCUGUAUAUAAUGGGAUUCCAGCAUUAGGCGAAAGUAGCCAGAGGAGGAUGGCAAGACUAUCACAAAGUGAUCAACAAAGAAGCAAUCCAACUUUGGAGGAAGAUAGCUUGCUUUCUGUUACUGCUGGUAGCUCAGAAUUGGUGGAUAGAAAACACAGUAAAAAACUUCGUGAGAAGAUCUCAGAAAUUCCUUAUGUUGCUGCAUGGAAAGUUUAUUUAAAGCAAGAAGUUGCCCUUCCUGGAAUGGCUCUGGCUUUGCUAUAUUUCACUGUACUCAGCUUUGGAACUUUGAUGACAGCCACCUUAGAAUGGGAAGGUAUACCUGCAUUUGUUAUUGGAAUGGCAAGAGGAAUAAGUGCUACGAUUGGAAUUGCAGCAACAGUUGCAUAUCCUAUGCUACAGUCUCAAAUAUCAACUAUUAGAGCAGGACUUUGGUCUGUAUGGUCUCAGUGGACUUGCCUCAUUCCAUGUAUAGCUGCAAUAUGGAUCCAUAGGGGCUUUCUAUCAUCAUAUAUUCUUAUGGGAAGUGUAGCCAUUUCUCGCCUUGGAUUGUGGAUGUUUGAUUUGUCUGUGCUUCAACAAAUGCAGGAUCUUGUUCCUGAAUCUGAUCGUUUGAUUGUUGGGGGUGUCCAGAACUCACUUCAAUCUUUGAUGGACUUAUUGGCCUAUGUUAUGGGAAUCAUAAUUUCUGAUCCACGGGAUUUUUGGAAGCUGACAUUUUUAUCAUUUCUAGCAGUCACAUUAGCUGCACUCCUCUACUGCAUCCAUGUAUACCAUGUGCGGAAGCACCUCUUUCACUUUGAUCGUCUAAAGUGGAAUUAAGUUAAACACGGAAGAAUUCAGCUCAUAAGGAAGCAUGUACAAGAGUUGAAACUCUGGAGACUGGUCUUUCUCCAUUGUGGCUCUUGGAUAUGUUGAACAAAUCACACCCAAACGUUUCCUUUGGUAGCUGUUCAAAAAUCUUCAGUAACGUCAAAUGGAAAGACUCCAACUGUUGAAGUCAGCAAAAGGGUGGAGUCAAAAGCUAAUAUUGGACUGAAAUGAGUGAUCAAACAUCAUUACACUUCCUAAAUUUCAAAUAAGUUUGUUAACAUGACUACUUAAUGUUAAUGUGCUUGGUAAAAAUAUUCAUCACGUCCCUUUUUUCACUUUGGAUUAAUAUGAUUGGAAAUUUAUUUGGUAUAAGAUGCCGAAAAAAUGCUUAGAAAUUCCAAGACU